AUGGUAUUAAAAUUACUGACCAGUAUAUUGAUAGUAAUACAUACUAUAGUUUAUGUGGAAGGGAAAGCCAAGUCUGUCAAUGUAGCUCUUGAUGCUAAAUGGAGAUCAACUCCAUUAUUAUUAGAAGCCAGUGAAUUCCUAGCAAAAGAAUCUCCAGACUAUUUUUGGCGAUUUCUUCAAGAUGUAACAAAUCUGGACCCCAAACAAAUUUCAAAAGAAUCCAAUCAGUCACUAUAUAACUCAAUACAGAAAUUUGCUGGACGACAUCUAUCACCAUUACAACUUAAUUUAUUAAAAUUAUCUCUGUCAUUACGAGCGUUUUCACCAAAAGUUCAAGUUUAUCAACAGUUAGGGAAUGAAGCCGUGUCCAGUAAGAAAUGUUCAACAUUUGUCAAUGUCCAGAGUGAAGAAACUUGUGAUGUUGAUAAAAUUGUUGAUUUAAUUAAAUCUGCAGGAGACAGGUCUCCACCAGUAGUUUAUAGUUUUGAUCACAGUUACCCAGGCCCUCAACAACAUAAGAUAAAAGUGAUAUUAUAUGGUGAACUGGGUACUCAAGACUUCAAACAAUUCUACAGUAAAAUAUUAAAUUUGAUUGUAGACGAACCGAUUCAUUUUAUAGUUCGACAUUUUGUACAGACACCAGCCAAUGUAAAUGUAAGAUUAUCAGGAUAUGGGGUAGAAUUAGCUAUCAAAAGUACAGAAUAUAAAGCUAAAGAUGAUACCAAAGUUGAAGGUAUGAGAGAAUCUGAUAAUGGCAGUAAAGAUCAGGAUAUAGAGGGAGAAGAAGUUCAGGGUUUUAUUUUCUCAAAACUGAGAGAGCGUCAUCCUGAAUUGAAGGAAAAUUUACGAGAAUUCAGACAUCAUUUAAUAGAUUCAGAAACUGAGUUAGCUCCCCUUAAAGUUUGGCAGUUACAAGAUUUAAGUUUGCAGGCUGCUGAGAGAAUUCUGUCUUCUGAUAAUAAAGAAAGUUUAAGUGUUUUAACUGAUAUCAGUCAGAACUUUCCAACUCAGGCCAGAUCUCUAGUAGGAACCAGUGUUAGUUCAGAAUUAAAAAAAGAAAUCUCUAAAAAUCAAGAGGUAUUUGAGAGACAUCAUUCAUUAGGGGUUGGUGAAUCAGCCCUGUAUUUAAAUGGUUUAACUAUAGAUUUAGAUGUAUUUGAUAUUUUUACUGUAUUAGAUACUAUGAACUCUGAAGCUAAGUUAAUAGAAGGUCUUCACUCUCUAGGAUUUAAGGGAGAUAAUUUAGAUAAAUUACUACAUAUUGAUUUAAAGAGUGGUGAUGAUACACGAUACGCUAUAGAUAUACGACAUUCAGCUGUUCAGUAUUUAAAUGAUUUAGAAAAUGAUAGAGGAUAUCAAGGUUGGCCUAAUAGUAUACAAGAUAUUUUACGUCCAACUUUCCCUGGUAUGUUACGUCAUGUUGCUAAAAAUAUCUUUCAUUUGGUUUUUGUGGUAAACCCUGUAGAAGAUAAAAGUAAAGAUUUAUUAAAAAUGGCUGAAGCUUUUUCUGUUCAUAAAGCACCUAUUAGAAUUGGUAUAAUAUUUGUGACCAAUCAAGAUGAGAAAGCCACACCGAAAACAGAUGCUAGUAUGGCGAUGGCACGAGCGUUUAAUUUUAUAAAACUAGACCAGAAUCCUUCUAAAGCUCUCUCUUUCAUUACUGAUGUUUAUGAGAAAGCAUCAACAGCAGAUGAACUAACAAGUGACUUGAUAAUCAAAGAAUUUCAGUCUCAAUUUCCUGGUGAGGAUAAUGACAUAGUGUUUGGAGAGGACCAGGAUGAUUAUGAUGAUAUUAGAAAGGCAGGAUUAGAUUUUAUCUCACGAUCUGGGUUGUCAGAUUUUCCCCAAGUUUUAAUGAAUGGAGUGCCGUUUAAAAAACAGUUUUUAUCAACUGAUACGUUUGAAGAGGGAGUUGUUACAGAAAUUAUGACAGCUACACCAACUAUACAGAAAGCUGUUUAUAAUGGUGAACUAACAGAUCGUGAAAACGUGUUAGAUUGGUUGAUGAGUAAAGAUAAUGUUUUACCCAGGUUGAACUCCAGAAUUUUAUCUCCAGAAUUUAAAACUCUUGAUUUAACAGAAAAUGUUGAUUCGAGUAUAUUUGAAGAUGUAUCAACGUUUAGUAGAAUGACAGUAAAAGAUAUGGUAGCUAUAGUUAGUGAUAGAAUGAAAUAUAUUACUAAAAAAGGUAGGUUUAUCAAAUUUGAAUUAAUUAUUAUUAUUAUAGAUGAAUCAUCAAUCCGGGCUGUAACAUUGUGGUUAGUGUGUGAUGUAGAGACUCCACAAGGCAGAGAAAUAUUCUAUAAUGCUAUAAAAGAAUUGAAACAUUCUAAUGAAAUCCGCCUAGGUUUAGUCUUCAAUCCAGCCUCACUGACAGAAGAUCACAUUAUAAGUCGUGCGAUAUACGUUGCCUACAAUACACUCGGUAAUAACCACGCUAAGAGUUUUAUUACCAAACUAGUGAAAGAAGAAAACGUAGCAGAAUUAAAAGCUGGAACUAAAACUUUGAAAGAUCUAGAAGUACAUGGAAUGGAUAUGAAUAAAUUUAUGACAGAUUUCAACAAACAAAAUAAAGAUUUUCUGAAAUCCUAUAAAUCUUUUGUUGUAAAAGUUUUAAAUUUUGAAGAAAAUGAUCGUGGAGUUAUAGCCAAUGGAAGGAUUGUAGGUCCACUUGGGAACGAUGAGAUGUUUACUCCAGAAGAUUUUAAUCUGUUAGAGAAAUUUACAUUACAACAAGCAGCAGCGAAGAUAAGAGAACAGAUAAAAACUAUGGACCUAGACUCCAAACAAGGCAAUGAGUUGGUAUUAAAAACGUGUUCUUUACUAACGGGACAGCCACAAAUUGAAAGUAGAAAGAAAGUUCAGUUUCACUCAGAUAAACACAGUGUAUUAAAGUUAUCAGCUGAUGAAAGUUCUCCAGCGUUUAUUCUUGAAGCUAUUGUAGAUCCUGUGUCUAGGGAGGCUCAAAAACUCGGUCCUAUAUUGAUGGUGUUAAGAGAAAUAUUUAACGUAGAAAUCAGAGUGUUUAUGAAUUGUCGCGAUAAAUUAUCAGAGAUGCCACUGACAAGUUUUUACCGUUAUGUAUUAGAACCUGACGUCCAGUUUUUAUCCAAUGGUAGUUUAGCAUCCGGACCAGAGGCCAGAUUUACCAGUCUUCCUCAGAAAUCAUUAUUAACGCUAAAUAUGAACCCACCUGAAAGUUGGUUGGUAGAAGCUGUACGUUCUGUGUAUGAUUUAGAUAAUAUUUUAUUAGAAGAAGUUGAGACAGGUGUUUCUGCUGAUUUUGAACUGGAAUAUCUUUUAUUGGAAGGACAUUGUCAUGAUAGUAAUACCAUGCAGCCUCCUCGUGGUCUACAGUUUAUACUCGGUACCGAUACACAACCUGCUAUAGUAGAUACUAUCGUCAUGGCCAAUCUCGGUUAUUUCCAACUGAAGGCUAACCCUGGGGUAUGGAAUCUAAAAUUACGAGAGGGAAGGUCACGAGAAAUAUACGACAUACAGAGUCAUGAAAAUACAGAUUCACCAGACAACUCUAAAGAUAUAAUCACAGCCAUUCAAGAUUUUAAAAGUAAAAUUAUUAGAGUCAAGGUUGCUAAGAAAGCAGAUAAACAGAACGAACAGUUACUUGUAGAUGAUGAUAAACAGAGUGGAUUAUGGGAUACAUUAUCCAGCUCUCUAAGUGGUGGAGGUACGAAUGGUGAAGACGAGUCUGAUAAAACGUUGAAUAUAUUUUCAGUGGCGUCUGGACAUUUAUAUGAACGAUUUCUCAGAAUUAUGAUGUUAAGUGUAUAUAAGAAUACUAAAUCUAAAGUUAAAUUCUGGUUUAUUAAAAAUUUCCUAUCACCAUCAUUUAAGGAUUUUAUACCCCACAUGGCUAAAGAAUAUAAUUUUGAAUAUGAACUGGUCCAAUAUAAAUGGCCGAGGUGGUUAAAUCAACAAAAAGAAAAACAAAGAAUUAUUUGGGGGUUUGUAAAAGUUUUUGUAGAAAUUUCAACUAAUCCUAUAAUUUUUCAAUUUUUCUUUUACAAAGAUAGAUCUUUUAUCGUAAGAACUGAUAUGCAGGAACUCCAUGACCUAGAUCUAGGUGGUGCCCCCUAUGGUUAUACACCAUUCUGUGAUAGUAAGAGAGAAAUGGAUGGUUUCAGGUUUUGGAAGUCUGGAUAUUGGGCCAGUCAUCUAGCUGGUAGAAAAUAUCAUAUUAGUGCGUUAUAUGUGGUAGAUUUAAAACGAUUUCGCCGUAUCGCUGCCGGGGAUCGACUACGAGGACAGUACCAAGGAUUGAGCCAGGAUCCAAACAGUUUAUCCAACUUGGAUCAAGAUUUACCUAAUAAUAUGAUCCAUCAAGUUGCUAUAAAAUCUCUUCCUCAAGAUUGGCUGUAUUGUGAAACAUGGUGUGAUCCUAAUACUAAAAAAGAUGCCAAAACUAUAGAUUUAUGUAAUAAUCCAUUAACCAAAGAACCCAAAUUAAAAGCAGCCAUGAGGAUUGUUCCUGAAUGGAAAAAUUAUGAUUAUGAAAUCAAAGUAUUAUGGGAUAGAAUAUAUGGCACGAAUACCAGAUCACAGAUAGAAUAUAAUCCGCCUGGAGUGGAGGCUGAAAAUAUAGGUUGGUAUACAAAUUUAUCUAUUUGUUCUAGUCACUCUUUGAUUUCUGAUUUAAGAAGUCCAACAACAGUAAGGGAACGUGUUUGCUGUGGGAAGCGCGCGAUGAGCUAUUAA